AUGGGGGUACAAAGGAAACCCCAGAAAAGUUUGAUGGAGCUGAUAGGAGGUCAACAGGGAAAGUCUGCACCUGCCCAAACAGUAUCAUCCCAGGUUUUACUUCUUCCAGCCAGGUCUCCUCCUCCAGUCCCUCGCCACCCUCCUCGAUCCUCUCCGCAACCAGCACUGCCCAGUACUGCCGAGCAAGAGAAGCGUAGAGAACAGAAGGACAACCGGUGUAAAGCUUGCAAGACGGAACCGGAAACUGAAAUCCAUGCACUAUGGAAUUGUGGUGUGGCGCAGGACAUUUGGGCUGGUUGUUCAGCUAGAUUGCAGAAGUGCCAUGUGGGUCCGGAGGAUAUGCUACAACUAUGGGAGGAACUGAUGGUUAAGCUCACCUUUGAUGAGCUCGAACUAUUUCUAGUGCAGGCUUGGUUAAUAUGGAAUCAAAGGAAUGCAUUGAUCCACGGGAAACAGUUGCAGGAACCUGGUAUUCUUAAUAGAAGAGCUGAAGAUUAUUUGGCAGAAUUUCGACAUGCUCAUUCCCGCUUAGUCACAACGCCCCCAAGCUCGAACCUGAUUAGCUGGAGGCCACCACCUCCGAACCGGUUCAAACUAAACUUCGAUGCGGCGAUAUUCAAGGAGGAAGACGCUUCAGGUGUUGGAGCCAUUAUUCGGAAUGAACGAGGUGAAGUUAUGGCUGCAUUUUCAGGCAAGGGACCACCGGCAGCUUGCAGCGAGGAAGCUGAAAUCCUUGCUUGUAGACGUGCAGUGGAGUUCGCGUUGGAGUGUGGCUUUAGGGAGAUGGUGGUUGAAGGAGACAACCAAUCGGUCAUGUCUGCGUUGGAGAGGAAGAGGUGUCUGUCCUCAUGGGUUGGCCAUAUUCUGCAGGAUGUGCUUUGUCUGCUUAAUGAUUUUCGUUGGUCACAGGUACAAUUUGCUAAAAGGAGUGCUAACACAGUUGCCCACUUAUUAGCUAGGCAUGCAAAAGGUCGGUCACAUGAUGUAAUCUGGUUGGAGGAAUCCCCUCCACCUGUUUUGCAAGUUUUGUACCUUGACUCUAUUUCUAUUUAA